AUGGAUGCACUCACCGCUGCCCAGCGCGUGCUCGAGACGCCAGAACUGCUCGAGAUGAUACUAGCCGAACUGCCUCCAUGCCAAUUGCUCGUCUCGCAGCGCGUCAACACCCUCUGGCACGAUUUGAUCACCAACUCACCCCAACUGCAACAACUGCUGUUCAUGAGACCUUCUUGGCCUAAAGCCAAACCCUUUGACUCACAUCAACCCUGCGAAGUCAAUCGACCUAGCCCACGUCCUAGAAACAACAUGAUGCUUAGACGAGUGCUGGGUGGAAGAUANCCAACCUUCACACCCAGAGUGACCAGCCAGAAAGAUGAGGAAGAGUAUGCGGAUAGUGGUGUCGAGACUCCAGUCGCCAAUGCAGAUGAUAUCAAACUGCCUAUUCCUCUUGACGCCACUGGUAAAGUCCUCGAUCUAACCAGAGAGCAGNNGGACGUCAACGUCAUGUACCCCAGCGACAAGUUACCCUCAGACGACGCAGCCGUGCUAUACGAGAAAGCAAGCUGGCGCCGCAUGUACCUAUGCCAACCGCCCUGUACGGAACUGUACCUUGCCCGUCGCUGGUGCCGAGCAGCUCGACCAGCAAUCGCCUGUGAGAACGGCAUUACCAUGGAGACUUUUAUCGAAAAUGCCAACAAGGCCCGCGAGCUCUGGAACCAGCUUUUCAUCUCCAGUGAUGGUGACUGGCACUUUGAGGGCCCAAUGCGGAGCAAGUGA